AUGGCGUCCGAAACCGAACAAAAUAAGAAAAAAGCGCCAAAACCGUUUACAAUAGAAUCAUUGAUAGGUGAUAGGAAGUCACCAGAUAUAGAUAUAGAGAAUAAUAUAUCGGAGAGUUCAAGGAAUUCUGAGGACGAUGAGUCUGAGAGGAAUAGGUACGGGAUGAGAUGUUAUUUCAACUCUCCGUUGUUGCAACAGAGUGUGAAUUUUCCUUUUCUGUUGGGUUACUCCGAGCCGUGGCUUACGAGGAUGCUGGGCGCCGGGCCGCAGCCCGAGGAGAGGAGAGAUAAGAGAGAGAGUCCCGUGAGUGUGGGAAGUGAAAUAGAUAGUGACUGCGCCGAAGAUAAUACACAAGGUAACGAUUCUGACGUCGAGCAGGAAGAAUCAGAUGCGCCACCUAGCAAGGCGCGCAGAAGACGUACAGCAUUCACGUCGGAACAACUCUUGGAACUGGAGAGGGAGUUCCACGCGAAGAAGUACCUCAGCUUGACAGAAAGGUCGCAAAUAGCGGCCGCACUCAAACUGAGUGAAGUGCAGGUCAAAAUCUGGUUCCAGAACCGUCGAGCCAAAUGGAAACGAGUUAAAGCUGGUCUGGCUUCAGGCAGCCACGUGAAGAGUUCCGGAACCAAGAUAGUUGUUCCCAUACCGGUACACGUGAACAGAUUCGCUGUGAGAACCCAGCAUCAUCAAAUGGAGAAGAACCAGUAUCGACUGGACAGAACCCUGCCAGGGCUGCUACAAUCACAAUCCUCCGCCUUCCUCUCAGCAACCAAAAACGAUAACCGACCGGAUAUAACUCGCAACCCUAUCUACGAUAACCUAAAUCCUAUAGUCAGCCUGAGAUACAACCAGAAUGGAAGACACAGUUAG